CAAAAAACUUCACAAUGCAAUAAAAAAUAUCCUAAAAAGAACCUAGGGUAAUCUACAUGUAGAGCAAAAAAUCUUCUUUCCAACAGUUUCAUUAAGGAGACCGAAGUAAUAUAAGGGGGAACUUACCAAAUGAAACGGCAGACUAAACGAGGGGCAGAGAACUCGUAAAAAUGUGGUGUGUGCCCUUCCUGCCAAUCUGCAAACUGAGUGGGUCUAGACGGAAUGCUGAGCACAUGGUCCUAAUCAAAGGGGCUCUUUGUUCAAGGGUGGGUUGUAGCUCUAUGCUAAUUACUGUAAGAAUGAUGUUACCUUACCGGGGGGACUAGCUUAAAAAAAGUAAAUCAUUUUCCAGGGAGAGGUAACUGAAGUUAUUGCACAUGUAGAAGAGUACAAUCAUCCUCCUUACACUUUCAAUACUAUCUGGCAAUUCUAAAGAUAUUACUAGACGUUCUCGUGUCAGUUUCAUGAAUUCACAAUUCGCCCCUCUCUGCACCUUUCUGUUAGACUUAUUAUUCCCUGGCGGCCCUUAAUCUGUUUUAGUUUUGAUUUUCAUUUCACGUCAAGUGUCUCAUUUCUUUUCCGUAACUGUUUGUGUGGUUGGUAUGAUGAAGAAACUGAAAGGAAUGGAACAUGAGAGUAUAUAUGCGAGACAGGGAGGCCCAGCUGAGGACCGGCAUCUUGCUGCUUACAUGGCUUACAACCUUUUUUUUCUGAAAUACUUGAAAAUGUACUCUUUAAAUGCCAUUGUUAAUUUUGCCUUGCCAUUUUUAAGGGCAUUAAAUUGCCUUUUUGGUUUUCAUGUAGUAAAUUUUACCGGUAAAACAGUUGUUAUAAUUUUGGACAUUUUGAUGGUUUAGUUUUUCUUUCCUGUGACGAUUUGUUGUUGGCUAGCUAAGCCAUUGCGGUGAGGCAGUUUAACACAUCCUCACAAAUGUUUAAUGAUUAAUUCUUAGUUUCACUAUUGCAACAAAAAAAUCUGUGAAAAGGCAAAAUCUUCCCCACAACAAGGUGUUGAAAAAGGUGCACAACCAAAAAGGAUGGCACUGCAACUACAAGAUGUACUUAGUUUAACCCCAUGGACCCCUAAGUUGAAAGUCGUGCGGCCGGGCCUACAGAUGUCUGUGGAUUUGAGUCUUCAAGUAGCACCGGUUCUUCGUUAACAUCUGGCCUUGUCAUGACGUCACAAGGUUUUAUAUUUAAGACGCAGCCAUCCAUUGCGGCUCGACUCUUGGCCAGACAAGUAAGACCCAAAGAUCAAUGGCAGUACACGUUCGACGAACCAGAAGUCGACGUGGAUGACAUUCAAGGAGACGCAUUCCGCGGCUUUAACAAACCCCAUCUUGCCAUCUUGGCCAUCGACAUAGUAGACGAUCAGCCUGCAACCAUUCAGAACACCAAGAAAUGGCUCACCGAUCACGUUAUUCCCGACGUCACAACAGCCCGAGACAUCAUCCAGUAUCGUGAGUUGUUCAGGUUGAUGCGUGAGCGACGGGAUGGUGUUAAGCCAACCUCAGUGGCUCAGAUCUGUUUGAACGUGUCCUUCUCCUACGAUGCGCUGCUCAAAUUAGCGCCGAAUAAGGACGUCAACAAAUUCUACGAGCCCGGUAAAAACGUUGCCUUUAAAAUCGGUCUGCCUCCUCGGUCCACUUAUCUGCACGACCCCAGCAAAGGUGAAGGGGCCCAGCAAAAUUGGAUAGUUGGUGCUAAGAAAAAUCCACAUAUUCUUAUCCAGGUAGCCUCUGACCGCAAAGCACUUAUACAGGAAGAGAUCGACUCCCUGCAAGACGGGCUGAAAUCUCUAGGCAAUCCUCUCAAGAUUACGUACCAAGAGUUCGGUAAACGACGUGAAGAUUUCCCGGGACACGAGCACUUCGGAUUCCUGGAUGGUGUCAGUAACUUUGGAGUUAGAGGUACUUACAAGGAGCAAGGCACGGGAAAACUCCUGUACAUUACGCCAAGGUUUCUGGACGAAAAAGAUCCACGGUUCGGUAUGUAUGGUCUGCCUGGCCAGCGCCUUAUAUGGCCUGGUGAAGUCAUCCUGGGCCUGCCAAAACAGAACGAUAAAACCCGAGAUCCCGAACAAGCCAACCAGCCCGGAUCCAGUUCUUACGUUGGGCCGGAAUGGGCCAAGAAUGGAACUUAUCUGGUCUACCGAAGACUGAGGCAGGAUGUACCCAAAUUCUGGAAAUUCAUGACAGAGAGUGCUGCUGAAAUCGCCAAACACCCAGACAUGGCUCACUUCACCAAAGACCACAUGGGUGCCAAAGUUGUGGCCAGAUGGAAAUCAGGAACGCCAGUGAUCCGUGAACCGAGUACCGACAAUCCCAAAUUGGGAGCAGAUCGACUGGCGAAUAAUGCUUUCGUCUAUCAAACCAAGGAAGGCCCUUAUGCACUCAAACCGCAUGGUCACACAGAUGGGUUUCCCACUGGGAGUCCCGAUCCCCUUGGGAUUGUGUGUCCCCUGUCCGCUCACCUGCGCAAAGUCCAGCCGCGUGACGCCAGCACUGACAUCGGAAAUCAGUUCGAUACACUCAAGCAUUUAAUCAUCCGCCGUGGAAUUCAAUACGGUGACGUCAUUGAUGACAUCAUGGUCGAGGAUGGCAAAGACCGCGGUUUAAUGUUUGUCAGCUACCAAGCAAGCAUCGAGGAUCAGUUCGAAUUCUUGAUCACCCAUUGGGCCAAUAAUCCCACCAACCCGCACAACGGCGGUGGUCAUGACAUGGUUAUCGGGCAGUCUAAAGCUACUAACAGGGAGCGUUCGUUUGAUGUCCGCUUACCAGACGGCACGGUCAAAACGCUGACAACCACUGAUGAAUGGGUCAUUCCCACUGGAGGCGGCUACUUCUUCGUACCGUCUAUCAGUGCUUUGAAAAACGUCAUUGCAAAUUGAUGGAAAGAAAAUAAAACGACAAAGGUUGAGCGCUAUUCAAUGACCAAUUAACGACAAAAGAAAAUGUAAAUUAUAAACACUUAGCAUUAAUCAAUUUUACUGUCAUACGCUAAAUUGUAUGCAAUUUUAGCUAAUUUUGUUUAUGCUAAAAUUUUGUUUAUGAUCACAGACAUUUCGAAUCUUUUAAGCGUCUUGCUGUCGACACACCACAUUAUGAGUUGAGGCUUAAAAUCAACGUGUAAUCAAAGAAAGUAACGAUUUUAUAAACCCCAGGCACGACACAAAAGAUGCAGAUUGACUUUUUUAUAAUCAGAAAUCCGAAUUGUUUCGUACGUUUUGGUUACUAUCAUAACAAAUCACACAUUGCCUGAACUUGUAAACUCUAGUGGAAAAACAAGACAAGAAUAUAUUUCCUAAACGUAUUUGGUAAUUUUUAGAUUAAAAAUGAGAAGAUAGCUAAUACUUAAACUGUGACAUGUACAUUUUUUGAGAAUUGAAAUCUGUGGUCAUCGUCAUUGAAAUUUUGUAGCAAAUAGAACGUUAAUUGGUACAAGUUUCGAUAAAUAGCUUUUACAUGUGUAACUGGUGUUUAUACAGUUUUGAAGGGCCACCCUCGGUUUAGGCUGCAGCAACUGAGAGGUUACAACAAGAAAUGUGUGGGCUGUGAUUUCAUAUCUAUGAAAACCCACUACUGUCACGAAGUAUACUGUUGUAAAAAGUAAAUAUAUUUUUCCAAGCUUAUUUUUGCCAGAUGUA